GCGGACGGUGGUGCACUUCCGGUGGGUCCGAGGUUCUUUUCUUAUGCCGAACACGUUCGCCUCACUUGCGACACAUUUCGUCCGUGUAAGCUCGUCUAAAUCGUCUUUUAAGUGUCGCCGGCGCAGUUCCAAGAUUUGACUUUGCUUGUCACGUUCCGCUCCGGUCGUUUGUCGUCUUUUUAGUUCGACUUUUCGUCGGCCCACUUAGCUUGGCGAUUAGCCACUUCGCUUCGUUAGCCGCCUUCCAGUCCAAUCUCACAUCAAAUCCAAAAAUGGAUCAAAGUGGAGUCACUGCUCACACGCCCAAGAGCCCGUGGGGCGUGACGACGACGACGGCGGCGGCGGCGGCGGUGUCGGCGUGCUCGCUGGCGGACGUGAUGAGCGAGCAGCUGGCCAGGCAGCUGCAAGAAGACGAUCGCAGCUGCGGCGGCCUCACGCACCCGUCGGCCGUGUUGUCGAGCGGCGACGCGGCGGACACGACCAGCGACUUGAUGCUGGCGCAGAUGCUUCAGAUGCAGUUCGACCGAGAGUUCGAUGAUCAGCUGCGGCGAGAGGAGAAGAAGUUCAACGGAGACAGCAAAGUGUCCAUCUCCUUCGAGAACUACCGCAAGGUUCAUCCUUACGAGGACAGCGACGGCUCCGAGGACGAGGUGGACUGGCAGGACACCAGGCACGACCCCUACAGGGCAGCCAAGGCUCAGACCGCGCCCAGAAGAGGUUUUGCUGGGAAAGGCAAAAACAUCACAACCAAACAUGACGCCGUCACAUGUGGCAGGAAGAACACGGCGCGCAUGGACAACUUUGCUCCUGAGGUGCACGUGGGCGACGGUCUGGGCAUGGACCUGAAGCUGUCCAAUCAGGUCUUCAACUCUCUCAAGCAGCACUGCGCCAGCGAGCAGCGGCGAAGCGCCCGGCUGCACGAAAAGAAGGAACACUCCACCGCCGAGCAAGCGGUGGACCCCCGCACUCGUCUUCUGAUGUACAAGAUGGUCAACGCCGGCGUGCUGGACAGCAUCAACGGAUGCAUCAGCACCGGAAAAGAGUCGGUGGUCUUCCACGCCAACGGAGGAAGCCUGGACGAGCGGCCCGUCCCGGACGAGGUGGUCCUGAAGGUGUUCAAGACCACCCUGAACGAGUUCAGGAACCGAGACCGCUACAUCAAGGACGACUACCGCUUCAUCGACCGCUUCGCCAAACUCAACCCGCGCAAGAUCAUCCGCUUGUGGGCCGAGAAGGAGAUGCACAACCUCAGCAGGAUGAAGGCGGCGGCGAUCGCGUGCCCGGACGUGGUCCUGCUGCGGAAGCACAUCCUGGUCAUGUCGUUCAUCGGGCGAGACCACGUCCCCGCGCCCAAACUCAAGGACGUCGUGCUGAGCUGUGACGACAUGAAGAACGCCUUCUACCAGGUCUUGCACUUGAUGCAGACGCUGUACGCCGAGUGUCAUUUGGUCCACGCUGACCUCAGUGAGUACAACAUGUUGUGGCAUCAAGGAAAGGUGUGGUUGAUCGACGUCAGUCAGUCGGUGGAGCCGACUCACCCCCACGGCCUGGAGUUCCUCUUCCGAGACUGCAGGAACGUUUCCACGUUCUUUCAGAAGCGAGGAGUGAGCGAGGCGUUGGGCAUCUUCGAGCUUUUCAACGCCGUGUCGGGACUCAACGUUCCCAUUGGUGCAGAAAACGAGGCGGAGUUUUUUGCCGAGAUCGUGGCGUUGGAGAAGCGCAACGAGGACCACGUACAGCGGCGAGGAAAGAAAACGUUCGCCGUGGCGUCGGAGGAGGAGGAGCAAGAUGAGGAGGGGGCGGACCCUCCGUUAGAGGCGGACGCCGACGACUAGCCCGCCGUCGGCCCGUUCGCUCGCCCUCGCUUUGUCUCUCCGGCUCGUUCGACGCCGCGUCGACGACGUCGCGGCCUCCAAACGGCCCCGCCCGCUCCUCGCUCCCACGGCGGCCGCAUUUGACGCUCGUCUUGUUUUCGUCACGCUUGGAGGUGGGGGGGCGGUGUGUACCUUGUGAUGAUGAUGAAGAAGACUGACAGACGUGAUGAUUUCGUUUGUCCUUUUAAAUGAAAAUAAAAGACGAACACGCAACUGAAA